UCAUGCUGCUGCCAGGUCCAGAGUCUCUCAUGGGUCCCCUGUACGGCCUCCCAUUGCUGCUGUCUCCAUCGCCACACUCUGCCAUGUGCCACUUUCAGGUCUCCUCACACUGCUGGUGGGUUCCAUUUUGUCAUAGGGUGCUGGCAGAUUACGGGCUCCCCAUUGCUGCUGCCAGGCCCGUAAUCUGCCAUGGGCCCCCCGUACCGACUCCUCAUGCUGCUGCCAGGUCCAGAGUGUCUCAUGGGUCCCUGUACGGCCUCCCAUUGCUGCUGUCUCCAUCGCCACACUCUGCCAUGUGCCACUUUCAGGUCUCCUCACACUGCUGGUGGGUUCCAUUU